AUGGGAAGACAAUUUCAAGGUAGGACAGGAAAAUCAUAUCUCUUUGCCGCUUGUUCAAAUGUCUGUUUUAGUGAAGCCGAAGAUAGACAAUUUAAUAGUGGAGAGUAUAAUGUUAGAGAUAUAAUAUGUAUAAAUUGUUCACAAAUCCUUGGUUGGAAAUAUGAAUAUGGAUAUGGAUAUCAAACAACAAAACAACAACAACAACAACCAUUUUAA